CAAAUCUAAUUCCAUAUGAUUCCAGAUUAAAGGCAGCGGCAGAUUAAAGCUGUAAUUCAAACAUAUACGUACAUAUGAACAAAUGUCUGUUAGAUUAAAAUCAUCGUCAAAUGAGUUCACACAAUGUUCAAUAUUCAGUAGUAUGACCCCACCCACCCCUGCUCUGCUGCUGUAUAUAAACAAACGUCAGGUCUGAUAGUUCUGCUUGUCCAUUUUUUAAGUGAAGGACACAGCAUAUAAAUAUAAUGUUGCAUCAUUUCAAUGAAUUGUUUUUUUUUUUGUUUUUUUAAGUAGCUUACGCUAAAUAAUGUUUUGUAUUAUUAACACAAUCAUUGCAUACUGGCAUUGGGAGUGUCUUGUAUUACUGCAGACAAAGGAAGACUGAGGGAUAAUGGUGCAGUUGGAGACAUGAUUUCCAGUAUAGCUGAGUGUAAACAAUGAAACUCGUCUGUCCUCUCAGUCUUUGCUUUGUUUUCACGCUCUAACUUAACUCGCACCCCUUUUCACAGUGAUUGCAUAAUCCUGGCCUCCCUUUAAGAAAACACGUUACAGAUGAGUAGGUUUCUCACACUUUUCAUGCAGGGUUACUCUAUAGCUUUGCCAUGACACACUUGAAUCACAACUCAGAGACACACCACUGAGACAUGAAGAUAGCUUCCUUUAAUGUUCGCCGGUUUGGCCUGGCAAAAGUCUCAGACCCAGACGUCCUGUCGACUCUGGUUAAGAUUGUGUCUCGAUAUGACAUUAUUUUGAUUCUGGAGGUGGUGGACGUGAGUGGAGACUCUGUCAAACUGUUGAUGAAAGAACUCAACAGGGUGAACACCAGCCAUCACUAUUCUCUGCAGCUCAGUACUCGCCUGGGAAGAAACAGAUAUAAGGAACAGUUUCUGUUUCUCUACAGGGACGAUGUGGUCAAGUUCAUCGACUCCUAUCAAUACGAAGACAACCAGGUGAACGAUGUGGAUGCUUUUGCAAGGGAGCCGUAUAUUCUCCACUUCAGGCCACACUACACAGUGCUGAGGGACUUAGUGCUGAUCCCAGUCCACACCACACCUUCAGACUCAGAAAGAGAGCUGGAUGAGCUGUACGAGGUCUUCCUGCACGUCAGGGACAAGUGGAAAACAGAUAAUAUAAUGAUCCUGGGCGACUUUAACGCCGAUGGUGCGUAUGUCACGCGCAAAGAAAUGAGGUCGAUCCGUAUACGCAGCGACACGGAUUUCCACUGGCUGAUUGGAGACGACGUGGACACCACUGCAAACACGUCCAACGAUCACACCUACGACAGGAUUGUUGUGUAUGGAGACGACAUGUUGGCAGCCAUCGUGCCGAACUCAGCCAAGACCUUCAAUUUCCACACAGAGUUUUCUAUGACGGAAGAAAUGGCCCUGAGAGUAAGCGAUCACUAUCCUGUGGAGGUGGAAUUAUGCAUCGCUCCUCCUCCCUGCAUGAGUAAAAGCAACCAAACGUGUGAUGUUGUUGACGCCCAGAAUGCACCAGGCAACAACACAAUCACAGAGAGUUUGCAGGCCGAUGUGUUAAAACUGCAGAGGGAAAAUCUCCUUUUGGAGCAAGAAAAACUUCAACUUCAGAUCUCUCUACUACAACGGAAACUUGCCAAAAUGAAAGUGGAAGAAUAAAUGGUUGACCUUGAAUUCUUCACAUUUAGCUAUGCUAUUGUUUUUUUUUGUCUUUUGUGUCUUUCUGUAAAAAAAGAGUUGUUAAAGAGUCUGUAAAUAAAGAAUCAUAUGAGAUAAACCUGUGAUAUAUUCAUGGUUAAAACUCAGUUCUGGAUCAUACAACACCAUGCAAGUAGCCUACUACAGGUGAAAUAAUGAGAUUUGCAUAUAAAAGUGGAAUAAAAAAAAUCAGAUUUAAGCAGG